AGCAAAUAGAAGCAACUGGGUGCUCAUCGAAAUAUUUGGAUGGCAAGGUUGUUCGAUUGUUAACUAGCCCAGGACUUUUAAGCGAGGUGGGAUCCGAUGUUUCAUUAAUAAUUUCACCAUAUAUAUAUAGUUUAAACUGUGAACUACAGGCCCUUGAACAAGAUGGAGGAGACCAAUCCAGACCUGAUGACCUCGCCUCCUGGCCCCGGAGCGGGCAAGUCCAAGUUGGACACCUUGUCAAAAGAGGACCUGAUCAAGUAUGCCAAGAAGCAAAUGGCUAUUUUGCAGAAGAUGAAAUCAAAAUCUGCAGACUUGGAAAAAGAAGUCAACACCCUCAAAGCUAAAUCAAACAGCAGCACAGAUGAUUCUAUUAUUCAGGAGCUGACAGAGAGAAUGGACGCUGUGUUACUGGAAAAGGCUGAAACGCAGCAGAAUCUGGUCUUGCUGCGGAAAGAUAACGAAAAGGCCAAACAGCAAGUUAUGGAUUCCCUGGAGGAGCUUGGCAGGCUUCAGGAACAGUUGGAGCAGUCCGGCGCAAAUCACCUGAGGGAAAUGGAGGACCUGAAACAGACUCUGGACGCAUCCCAGGCCAAGUACAAGGAGGAGGUGGAGACGCUGCAAAAGCUUCUGAAGGAGAAAGAGGAGAAGGACCAGGGGGAGGAGAUCCGCCGGCAGGCGAUGGAGAGGGAGCUGGAGGCUCGGCUGGAGUCGGUCCGGCGGACCUAUGAGGACCAGCUGUCUGCCCUGCGGGCCGAGCUGGAGACGUCCGAGGAGGGCAGGAGAGCCGAGGAGGAGUGCCUCCGACAGUCGCGGGAGGAGGCCCGGGUCCUGCAGGAGGAGGCGAUGCGGAUGAGGAGCGCUCACGAGGAGGAGGUGCGGGACCUGACGGAGCAGCUGGAGGCCGCGGCGGCGGAUUUCGAGAUGGAGAGGGAGCGGCUGCUCCUGCUCCAGGACGAGCUCUCGGAGCAGCUGGCCCUGAAGGACGGCUUCCUGCAGGACGUGCAGGAGGAGGAGGAGGACCCGGGCCGGCCCGGGAGGGGCCACGGUGGGCCAGGGCUCGGGGCGGACGAGGCCCUGCACUCGGAGAACCGGGACGGCGAGUCGGGCACGAUGAAGAUGGUGCUGGAGGGCCUGCAGUCCCAGAAUUCCAUGCUGCAGGAGGAGUUGAUGUACCUGGGCAAUGUGAAGGUGGAGCUGGAAGGGCAGCUGCUGCAAGCCAGGGAGGAGUUCCAGCUGGAGAAGGAGGAGCUGGAGUUCAAGGUCAAUGAGCUCCAGAUGUGCAGGGAGGAUGGCGAGGGCUCGGAGCCGAAGAGCUCGGAGGAGCCCCAGGUCUCUCCUGAGCACCAGCUGGAGGUGCAAGUGCUGCAGGAGCUCCACAAGGCAGCGAUGGCCCAGCUGGAGAGAGACCUCCUCCUCAGGGCCCAGGAGGAGAAGGAGACAAUGGCUCGGGAUGUGAGCGAGCUCCGUGUGAGGUGUGACCAGUUCUUCACAGAGAGGAAUGCGUACGAGGAGACGAAGGAGAACCUGCGGAGCUUGGAGGCGGAGCUGGGGGAGCGGAACGACGAGUUUGUGAAGCGGUACGACGCCAUAAAGCAGCAGGGUGCAGAGGAGGUCCAGGAGCUGCAGGAGAAGCUGAGGGCCACGCAUGGCGCGUGCGAGAGCCUCAGAGAGAGGCUCAGGGUCUUGGAGCUGGGGGCCGAGGAGGAGGCGCGCACCGGAGAGGAGCUGAGGAGCUCGCUGGAGGCCCAGCGGGAGAAGAACAGGGACAUCCUGUCCCUGCUGCAGGAGAAGGAGAGCGCUGUGCAGGAGCUGGAGGAAAGGGUCUCGGCUCUGGCCCCCGAGAAGCAGGCCGCACAGGGAGCGCUGGAGGAGGCGCAGGGAGAGCUGGAGAGGGUGAUGGAGGAGCGGCGUGCCGAACAAGAGAGAACCUCCGAGCUGGAGCUGUGCCUCCACGGCCUGGCCCAGGAGAAGGAGGAGGCGCGGAGGAGGCUGGAGCGGUCAGCCGCCGCCCUGGAGGAGAAGGAGCGGGCGGAGGGCAUGCUGGAGGAGGCAGCCGCGGAAAGGGAGCAGCAGGAGUCCGAGCUCCGAGCCCUCAGGGAGGAGGUGGCUGAGCUGAAGAGGAGAGAGGAACUUCUGCAGAAGGAGGUCUCGAACUCCAGCGAGGAGAGGGCCAGCCUGGAGCAACAGCUGAGGAGCGUUUCGGAGGAGAGGGACGAGCUGAAGAGGAGGGCAGGGCUCCUGCAGGAGGAGGUCUCGAGCUCCGGAGAGGGGAGGGCCAGCCUGGAGGAACAGCUGAGGAGCGUUUCGGAGGAGAGGGACGAGCUGAAGAGGAGGGCAGGGCUCCUGCAGGAGGAGGUCUCGAGCUCCGGAGAGGGGAGGGCCAGCCUGGAGGAACAGCUGAGGAGCGUUUCGGAGGAGAGGGACGAGCUGAAGAGGAGGGCAGGGCUCCUGCAGGAGGAGGUCUCGAGCUCCGGAGAGGGGAGGGCCAGCCUGGAGGAACAGCUGAGGAGCGUUUCGGAGGAGAGGGACGAGCUGAAGAGGAGGGCAGGGCUCCUGCAGGAGGAGGUCUCGAGCUCCGGAGAGGGGAGGGCCAGCCUGGAGGAACAGCUGAGGAGCGUUUCGGAGGAGAGGGACGAGCUGAAGACGGACGUGGAGGCGACGCGUGGGCUCCUGCUCGGGGUGCAGGAGCGCGUCCUGGAGUUGCUGGGAGGGCAGGGGGGAGAGACAGACGCCAGCGAGGCUCAGAGGGGAGGUGAGAAGGAGGCCAGCGACGUCCCUGCCCUGGUGGAGAGCCUCGUGGUCGCCGCCCUGCAGGAGAAACAGGCCCUGCUGCUGCAGAGCCAGGAGAGGGUGGCGCAGCUGACGGAGGAGCUGGAGCAGGCGAAGGAGUACGGCGACCAGCAGGGGGCCGAGCUGCAGGCCCGGGUGGAGGAGCUGGGCAGGGAGAGGACCCUGCUGCAGGGCAGCCUGGAUGAGGUGCUGGCCGACACCCAGGCCCUGCAGGGCGACCUGGCCCAGAUGAGGGCCGCCGACGGCCGCAUCCGGGCAGAGAACCAGGAGCUGCUCGCCCAGGUCGCCGCGGCGCAGGAGAGACUGCAGGCCAAUGAGAACGAGGGGCCCGGAGAUGAAGAGCAGCCAUUGGACAAGGGCGGGGAUGAGAGGGAGGAGCUACGACAGCUGCUGGCAGAGAAGGAAUCGCUCAUUUCAAAACUACAGGAAGAUAAUGCACUUUUACAGGAGACCAAAGAAAAGUCUGCUUCGACUGGAGAAAGCUGUGCGGCAGAUCUCGCUGAAAAAAUAGCCCAACUCCAGAAGGAGAGCAAGGAGAAGGACGAGAGGACGAACAAGAUCAAGGCCGUGGCGGUGAAGGCCAAGAAGGAGCUGGACAUCAGCAGGAAGGAGGUGCAGAGUCUGAAGGAGGAGGUGGAGGUGCUGAAGGCGGAGCGGGAGAAGGUCUCCAGCUCCAUGAAGGACAUCAUCCACGGAGCCGAGGGCUACAAGAACCUCUUGGCGGAGUAUGACCGACAGACGGAGCAGCUGGAUAAGGAGAGGGAGAGGGCAGAGAAAGGGGAGAGGCAGAUCGCAGACCUCUCCAAUCGACUGCAAACUGCCGUCCAGCAGCACGAGCAGCUGUCCUCAGACAGAGAGGACCUGGUGGCUCGCAUGGACACCCUGCAGAACAACGUCAGGCAGCUGGAGUCCCAGGCUUUAGAAGCACACAGGCUCAAAUCUGCGCUGGAAAAGGACCUGGAGGCAGAAAAGCUUUUAAAGGAGCAUAAAAUGAAGGACCACGCCGCUGCGGCCCGGGAGGUGGAGGAGCUGCAGGCCCAGCUGCGCAGACAGAAGCAGCAGCUGCAGCAGACUGCGCAGGAGCUGGAGCAGCUGAGGAAGGACGCCCAGCAGAGCAGCCUGAUGGACAUGGAGAUGGCCGACUAUGAACGGCUGGUCCGGGAGCUCAACCAGAAGCUGAUGGACCGGGAGAGCCACGUGGAGGACCUGGGGGCCGAGAUCCAGGGCCACAGGCAGAAGCAGGAAGCCCUCCGGCAGGAGAUCGAGUCUCUGAAGUCGCUUGUCGAUCAAGGGGAAGAGAAGACCUCCAAGAUGAAGCAGCUGCUCGUUAAAACAAAGAAGGAGUUAACAGACGCCAAGAAACAGGAAGCAGCUCUGACUAUGCUCCAGGCGUCUCUGUCGGGGGAGCUGGAGGUGCACCAGCAGCAGCUGGAGGAUUACAAGAUCCAGUGCUGUGACCUGACUGCGGAGCGGCACAGGUUGCAGGAGCAGCUGAAGAUGCUGAUGGAGCAGCAGCAGAGAGCAGCCAGCUCCUUCCAGCACAGACUGAGCACCCUGCAGGAGGAGAGCAGCACUGCCAAAGCCGAGCUGGCGUCCACCGCGGCGGAGUUUGAGAACUACAAGGUGCGCGUGCACAACGUCCUGAAGCAGCAGAAGUCCAAGAGCGCAGCUCAGAGCGAGGGCGAUGUCACCAAACCGGAGCGGGAGCACCUGGAGGGCCUGAUUGCGCAGCUGAGGGGCCGGCUGCAGGACUCCCAGCAGAACCUGCAGAGCAGCAGCGCAGAGCUGCAGCAGCUGCAGAACGAGCAAGACACGCUGCUGGAGAGGCACAACAAGAUCCUGCAGGAGACCGUGACCAAGGAGGCCGAGCUCCGGGAGAGGGUCAUCACCCUGCAGUCGGAGAACAUGGCGCUGAAGUCUGAGCACGCUCAGACGGUGACGCAGCUGACGGCGCAGGCGGACGCCCUGCGGAGCGGCUUCCGGGAGCAGGUGCGCCACCUGCAGGACGAGCACAGGGCCACGGUGGAGACCCUGCAGCAGCAGAUGGGCCGGCUGGAGAACCAGCUCUUCCAGCUGCAGAGAGAGUCCAGCAUGACCAGUGCGGCCCCGGUGCAGCAGGUGAGGAAGGGCGUGUCGGACAGGAAGCCGUCGGAGCUGGCUCUGCUGGAGCUGCAGUCCAUGGCGCGGGAGGAGGGGGAGGGCAUGGAGACCACAGAGACAGAGUCUCUGUCCUCCUCCAGCACGCCCCUGCCCUCCCUGGAGCAGCUCCUCACCUCCCCGGACCCCAAGCAGGAGCUCUUUGUGUGGCAGGUGGAGCCCAGUAAAGAGGAGCUGGCUCAGAAGCUGAGCACAGCCACGCGCAGCAUGGAUCACAUGAACGGCCUCCUGCACGAGACUGAGGCCACUAACGCCGUCCUCAUGGAGCAGAUCACGCUGCUGAAGAGCGAGGUGCGGAGGCUGGAGAGGAACCACGAGAGGGAGAAGUCCGUGGCCAACCUGGAGUACCUGAAGAACGUGCUGCUGCGCUUCAUCUUCCUCAAGUCUGGCAGCGAGAGGCAGGCCCUGCUGCCCGUCAUCCACACCAUGCUGCAGCUCAACCCCGAGGAGAAGAGCAGGCUGGCCGCCGUCGCGCAGGGAGAGGAGGAGGUGGCAGCUGGGGCCCGUGGGUCGGGCUGGACCUCCUACCUGCACAGCUGGUCAGGGAUCCGGUGAUGACGGGCAGAACCGGCCCGGUCCAGGUCCACACAGGGUCCACUGACGACAGACCUCCCUGAAACUCACCUCCGUUUCAUAAGCACAUCAACCUCACGCUGCACGCCUUUCGCUUUCUCCAGAUCUAUAUUUUUGAUAAACCAAGAUUUUGUUUUUUUGUUUUUUCGUUUUUUGGGAAAGAGGCUUUUUGUAUACUUUAAUAUUCAUAUUUGUUUCUGUGACUUUUAUUUAGUCAGUUACUAAUUCUUGGCCUUUACCUUAGGCCUGUAUUGCACUAUUUUAGUCUCUUUUUUUGUUUUUGUUUGAUUGUACCCAUGCUACUAGCUGUAUUUUUCAAACAAUUCCAUGUUAUUUUAACUUUUUGACCAAUGUGACAAUUUUAGCCUUGGUGAGCGUACCUGCACAUGUAUGCGCUCAUGUUUUCCCAAGCACAUCUUACUCUAAUGUUCAAUUCCCACGUACACACACAGCGUAAUUUAAGAUGUGUGUGGAAGUGAGGACUAACCAGCAGUGGGCUCAGGUGUUCUCUGAUAUUUCCAUCAUGCUCAGGACUGGUUCCCCCUGAUGGAAUUGCAGCUUACGCAGUUAUGAUGUCAGAGGUCUCCCUUUGUUGGCGCCUGUUGAUGAUGUCACUGCAGUAUAUCCCUUGACCCCAUGCUCAUGAAUUAAUAGUGGCUUAAAAGUCAGGGUUCUGGAAAGGGUAACAGACCUGUAACAGUGAACAUUCGCAUUUGUUUAUAUGAAUAAAUGGAAUAACAGGGAAUGUGUCCAAGACUUGGUUCAAGAUAAAAUCUGUCUGUGCUUUCGCACUUCCAUUAUAGAUUUUCUUUUGAUUUGGCAACUGAAAACAAGAAUAUGCUAACUUUUGAUUUGACCAAACCCAAACUCUAUGUUUUAGUCCCUAUCCAGUUACAGCUAUGUAACCAGGGCAACUGUUUAAAGUACUGAUGGGAUGUUAAUGAUAAAGACUCUGAUACUGAAGUAAGACUGGAAGUAGUUGAAUGUAAAGUUAAUUACUUAAAAGUAUGUUUAAUCAUGAGUUUAAUAUUGGGAUACUUAAUUUACAUGAAUAUUUUAAUGUUAUUCAGUUUUACACACUGGUGGGAUUUAGUUUUAUUAUGUGCUUUCAUUGUUUUCAUGUACCCAAUGAGUUAAAUACUUGAGCUAAUUCAAUUUUAACAUUUACUUAAAAUCAGGGGUCACUUGAACUCAGAUUCACUCUGAUAAAUGUUUGCUAAGGAAGGAAUAUAAAAGCUAAUGAAACACAAAAAGUGCUAUCCUUAUCGAGCCAGUGUGUGAACUGUCAAUGGAAAAAUAAAAAUCUGUUUUAAAGUCA